UCCCAAGUCCCUUGGUGCGACAUUGUUAGAAAAAUUGCGCUAGACGCUCUGCAGCAUUCUCACCCCCUCGUUCAGGAUGUAGAAACGAUUUUGAAGAACGAACAGAGGUUGAUAGUGAUGAGGAAUCCGAAGUAUAAGAUAAAAGAGAGGCAGAUUAACAAUUACCGAGAGUUGGAGUAUAUAAUCAGGAAAAUAAUAUAUGCAAAUGAGCCUACUCUCGUCGAAGAUGUUUAUCACUUGUGUAAAAGUGCUGAAGACAGAUGCAGAGCUAAUUUUAUAUUGAUAGAGCAUUUCAUUUUAACAAGGAACUUAGAUGAAGCGAUGACCGUUCUGGAUAAAAAUGGGAGGAACGAAAUAUAUGCUUGUACCAAAACACUUGUGUUGUCUGCUGAAAUAACGAUAAAUAAUAAGUUUUGUAAACAGGAACUUAAAGACAACUACUACAAAGCACUCUCGAUGCUGUUCGAUAGACUCCUGAAAUCUUGUCAGGACGGAAUUGAAAGAAAGAAAUUGGAAGAGAGUUUUUGCAAAAUAAGGGGCGUAUAUAAAAUUAAUAAAUUUUUUCAACGAUCAUUAACCACUAAUGACUUGAUGAGUUCCUCAAGAAAACUCUCUAUUUUGGACGAUUUAAUUGAGGAAAUUGCUGAAAAUGUAAAAGAAGGUUAG